CAUCGACGUUGUCAUCGAUGUUUGUCCACCACCACCUCCACAGUAAAUGCGAAGUAAGUUAGAACAAAUUUAGGAAUCAGGCAAGAAUGAAGCUGAUACCAUUGUUCUGGUUGCUGAGCGGCCUGCUCCUGGUGGCCGGCCAGCCUAAUCCGGCGGUCAAGGCGUCCUCCGAGGAGACCACGGCGACUAAACCAAAGGCAGAUGACAAAGUGGGCACUAUCACUUCUGGGGCUCCAGCCUCGGGAUCGGGAACUCCAGCGGUUGCGGCCCAGGUGCAGCCAAAGGAACCAGUUGUCGCAGUGAAGCCGGAGAAGUCGGACCCCAGCAAGGCGGCCCAAGCGGAUAAUCCAGUCAAGAACAGGAAGCGCCCGGACACCGGCGUGCCCGGCACAGCUCCAGUGGACGCUUCAAAGCCAACAGCGGUGGAGCAGAAGGAGUCGAAGGGAAAGGGAAACGAGACGGUCGCGUCCACGUCCUCAUCCACUUCCACAACAACCACGACCACAGCCAAGCCAGCUGCAGGAUCAGCCAUAGUCAGCGAAGGUCAGUCCAUGAAGGACGUGUCCAAGCCGGGCAACUCAUCAUCCAGCAACACCGCCACUUCUUCCAGCAGCUCGACCACGACCACGACAACAGCCAAAACGACCACCAGCACUACGACCACGCCGAAGCCCAAGAAACCUACAUCCGUAAUGAGUACGGACAAGCACAAGGAGUGGGAGAAGGAGCUGGAGCAGCAGGUGAGCAAGGAGAAGCCCGGGAUCCAGGCAGACACGCCCACCCGUCCAGCCGGGGAGCCCGUGGUGCAGGAGCUCACCAGGAGCACCGCGAGUCUAGCCGAUCGCGGCGACAACGGGUAUGUGGUGCCCAUCGUGACCGUGCUGCUGACCGUGCCGCUGGCCAUCGGCGUGAUGACCAUCAUAUACCGCCGCUUCCGCGACAUGUGGAGCACCAGACACUACCGCCGCAUGGACUUCCUCGUGGACGGCAUGUACAACGACUGACGAAGGCCAGGAAGGCAACUAGGCGGCAAGUGCUCCUCCGCCGGCGCCCUCGGAUGAUGAUGAUUAUUAGUUGUUUAAGUUUGCAUCCAAUGCAAGGUCUCCGGAUCGAAAGCAGAGUGAGAAGAAAAGGAAAGGAGAAACGGAGUGGCGGAGGCGACAGGAGGACACAAAAACUAGGAUAUUGCUCAGUCAAUUAGAGGAGAAAGGGAUUCGCAUUGUAGCGUGGCUAAGGAGACCGUUCCGAGCGGCCAAAUUGAAUUUAAACCAACUGAUUUUCUACGCCAGUUUCGAGCGUGCUUUUACUUUUAAGCAUUUUGAAUGUAUGUGAAGCAUUUGUUACCAAUCAAAUUGAUACCGACACUUA